AUCCAGAAUGGCAUCGAUAAGGAGCACGCACGCGACCGACGCCAGCAGCACGGACACGUUCCUGACGAUUGUCGACAACACACUCGCUCGGCGUCGAUACUUUCGAGAGAAGCAGCGCAUUUAUCGCCACAAGUUGAAUGCUGACGUGGCGAUUGUCAAAGCACAGUUCGAGCACCUUCAAUCGAUUCGGGACGGCCUUCAAGCCAGCAUGCCUCCGUCAGUGGCACCGCGUGAAGCUAGCGACGGUCCAUUGUCCUGGUAUUCCAUAGCCACCGUGUUCAAAAGAGAAGCCCUUCAGGUUUUGACAGACCGCCAGCCACUGAUUACUCAAACGCAAGAGUAUCAAUCCCUCACAAAGGCCAUGCAACGCUUUGUCGUGAUGAACAUUCCGCCGCCGAUGUCCCGCAGCAAUGCGUGGCACAGUGCGACGUUGGUGGCCGACCCGAGAGCUCGAAACCUGGCCAAGGAGUGGCUCACGCAGCAAAUGUACCACAACAUGCGCGAGCCGUUGGCGUUGCUUCCUGCCGUGAGGAAUGACGAGGAGUUUUUCCAAUUUGACUUGGAAGCGUCGGACGAAGACGAGUCCUUUGUGGGCUUGGAAAGGAUACAGUGCAUCUUGCCAGGAACGCUAGCAUCGUUUCGACGAUUCAUGGAAUCCAACAGCAUGCGCGAAGUUAUGUUUAAAGAACCCCAAAAGGCAGUCGAAGAGUGCACGGCCAAUACGCGACUGUUUUGCACCACUACGGCCGACGGCGCGUUCGUAAACUCGCUCCAAGGCCACUUCGUCGAAGCAGAUCGGUUCAUCGUGGUCUUUCGGCAAGUCGAACACGACGAAGCCCAUGCGUGCCACCCCCUGCUGAGGCAGCGGCACUACCGAUCGUGGAUCGAGGUGCGACAGGUGUCGCCCACGCAUAUCUUAAUGCGGUUAGUCAGUCAUGUGUCUCGGUCGUUUCGAGCCCACGACGGGUUUGUCAGCUCGGACGAGCUAGCGGCGUUGGGAGGCAUCGAUGUGACGGGCAUCGAAGACGACGACCAGAAGGACGAGUACGUUCGGCGCGAACUGAUCCGAUUGGGCAAUGCGUAUUUCGUGCCUUGGCGACAACGGUUCACGAGCUUAAUGCAGGCGUCGUCGCAAUAGUAGUAGCACGACACCUCACACUAGUACACGUCCAUUGAUAACCACGAAUGAACGAGCGUGAUGUAAAGCCUUGG